CACCAAACUCAUCCUUUUGCUUGCUUUCUUUUCUUGUCGAUUUGGGAACAUAAAGUUUGCAAAAAAAGCUCUCCUCUUCCUUUUAAUUAACUAAAUUCCCCAAUUCAAUUCCAAACUCCAAUAAACUCCCAAUUGCUCUCCCCGAUACAACCACCAGGAUUUAUAAUUUUUUUUUUUUUUUACUUUACCUCCUUUCUUCUUCAAUUCAAUUCAUGUGAUCUACUAAAUCGGAGGAGGAAAUAGAAAUGGCGCUGCCAAACAUGGAUGUAUUCGAAGCUUACUUCAAGAGAGCUGAUUUAGAUGGAGAUGGAAGAAUUAGUGGAGCUGAAGGUUUUUCUUUCUUUCAAGGAUCCAAUUUGCCCAAACAAGUCCUUGCUCAGAUAUGGAUGCAUGCUGAUCAGAGUCGCAGUGGCUUCCUUGGCCGGCCGGAAUUUUUUAAUGCUCUUAGACUUGUAACUGUUGCACAGAGUAAGCGAGAUUUGACACCGGAUAUUGUCAAGGCGGCAUUAUAUGGGCUAGCUGCAGCUAAAAUCCCACCACCGCAAAUUAAUCUUCAUGCCACAGCGGGGCCUCAAAUGGCUGCGGCUUCAACUGCCCUGCAGAUGGGUGCUGGUACCCCAACAGCAUCUCAAGGUUUUGGCUUUAGAGGACCAGGAGUUCAAACGGCUGUGCCUCAAAUGGUUGCUUCUUCUGGCCCACAGAUGAGUGCUGUUGCCCCAACAGCGUCUCAAGGUUUUGGCUUUAGAGGACCAGGAGUUCAAACGGCUGUGCCUCAAAUGGUUGCUUCAUCUGCCCCACAGAUGGGUGCUUUUGCUCCGACAGCGUUGCAAAGUCCUGGAUUUAGAGGACCAGGAGUUCCAAAUGCUAGUAUGAACCCACAAUACUUUCCACAGCAAAGUCAGACAAUGAGACCACUUCAGGGUGUCCCUGCUGGAACUGCUUCCCGUCCACCUCAGGGUAUGCUUUCCAGUAAUCUUGGGGGUCCAUCAUCAGUAAUGCCUACUGGAACUGCUUCUCGUCCACCUCAAUUCAUGUCUGGUGGUACUGUUGGCUCCACUCCCAGUGUAUCAAACCCGAACAUCUCAAAUGAUUGGCUUGGUGGAAGGACUAGUGGAGCUCCACCUGGCCCUGGAGGUGUCCGGCCAUCUACAUUGACCACUACUCAGCCACGACCUCUAAGCACGGUUUCCUCCCAGCCCACUGCUAAUGAUUCUAAAGUCCCGGUUGUUUCUGGAAAUGGGUUUGCCUCUAAUUUGUUUUUUGGUAGUGAUGUAUUUUCUGCAACCGCUGCUGCAACAAAACAGGAACCCUCUCUGCUGUCUGCUACUGGUGGUGCACAACCUCCGGUUAAGUCGGGCUCACUUGAUUCACUGUUGAAAGCUGUUAGCACACCAUCCUCAUCUUCCAGUGUCCCAGUUUCUAGCGGCACCUGGGCCCAGGGCCCAGUUAAGUCCAGCUCACUUGAUUCGCUUCAGAGUGCUUUUGCAAUGCAACCUCUAGGCGGCCAGCCUCAGCGGACCCAAUCAUUACUGAGCUCCGGCCCACAUGUUUCAGCUUCAAGUUCUGCCUCAAUUGUGUCACCUGGCAUUUCAGCUGGAGCUGGAAAUUCUUCUGAUAACUCACAGCUUUCAUGGCCAAAGAUGAAACCAGCAGACAUUCAAAAUUAUACUAAAGUUUUUAUGGAAGUAGAUACUGACAGAGAUGGAAGAAUCACUGGUGAGCAGGCACGGAAUCUUUUUCUGAGCUGGAGGUUACCAAGAGAGAUUUUAAAGCAGGUCUGGGAUUUAUCUGAUCAAGAUAGUGAUAGCAUGCUUUCUUUGAGGGAAUUCUGCUUUGCCCUUUAUUUGAUGGAGAGGUACAGGGAAGGCCGUCCUCUUCCAGCAGCUCUUCCAAAUAAUGUUUUGUAUGAUGAGACCUUGUUGUCAAUGACAGGUCAACCCAAAGUUGCUUAUGGAAAUGCUGCGUGGGGUCCCAGUCCUGGUUUUGCACAGCAGCUGGGGAUGGGUGCCCGACCUAUGGCUCCUAUCCUUGGUAUGAGGCCACCAGUUCCAGUAAAUGCCCCCCAGCCUGAUGCUGCAAUGGCCAACAAUCAGCAGAUGUCAGGAGUGCCAGUCUUGGAGGAUUCCUUUUUGAACCAACAUGAAGGUGGAGAGCAGAAUUCAGCAAACUCAAUGACUCAAGAUGGAACAGCCUCAGAGAAAAAGAUUGAUGAAGCAGAGAAGCUGAUUUUGGACUUCAAGGAGAAGAUUGAGUUUUACCGUUCUAAAAUGCAGGAUCUUGUUCUAUAUAAAAGCAGAUGUGAUAAUAGGCUAAAUGAAAUCACAGAAAGGGCUUUGGCUGAUACACGAGAGGCAGAGUUGCUGGGUAAGAAAUACGAAGAGAAGUACAAGCAAGUUGCAGAAGUGGCAUCUAAAUUAACAAUUGAAGAGGCAACAUUUCGUGACAUUCAGGAGAGAAAGCUGGAGUUGCAUCAAGGAAUAACUAACAUGGAACAAGGUGGCAGUGCAGAUGGUAUUCUUCAGGUUCGUGCUGAUCGUAUACAAUCAGACCUUGAUGAGCUAUUAAAGGCUUUAACUCAACGCUGCAAGAAACAUGAACUCACUGUUAAGUCAACUGCAGUGAUUGAGCUUCCUUUCGGCUGGCAACCAGGAAUUCAAGAGGAUGCUGCUACUUGGGAUGAAGAUUGGGACAAGUUUGAAGAUGAAGGGUUUUCCAACGAGCUCACUGUUGAUGUGAAAAGUGCUCCUGGUCAAAAGGAGAGAGCAUCUGUAGAUGAUAGUUUAACCCCUGAUUCAUUAUCAAAUGGUGAUGGGAGGUCAGGGAUUUUCACCGGCAAACAUGUACUUGAGAGUGAAGCUGCUUAUAACCACAGUGAAGAUGAAAUGGCAAGAAGCCCUCAAGGCAGUCCAGCUGGAAGGUCUGCGUCAGAAAGUCCAUCUCAAGACUUUUCUGAUGUUUUUGCCAAGAGUACUGAAGCAGAUAUAGAUACACAUAGAAGUUUCGAUGAAUCAAUUUGGGGUGCUUUUGACACAAAUGAUGAUGUGGACUCAGUCUGGGGAUUUAACCCUACAGGCAACAAGCAGGCAUCGUCGGAGAAUGAGGGAGGUUUCUUUGGAUCUGAUGAUUUUGGUCUAAAGCCUAUAAGAACGGGAUCCACAUCCCCUGCAAAUACUAUUCAGAAAAAUAGUAUAUUUUUUGAAGAAUCUGUUGCAGGCUCCCCAAUGUCAAGAUUUAGCAACUCUCCAAGGUACAGUGAAGCAGGGGAUCAUUUUGACAAUUACUUGAGAUUUGAUCUUUCCUUCAGCAUGACUGAAGGUGGAUUUUCACCACAAGAAAAGCUUACAAGGUUCUACCCCAUAAACAGCUCGAAAGAUUUUGGCCAUAGUCGUGCAUUCUCUUCAUUCGAUGACUCAGAUCCAUUUGGCUUCAGUGGCACCUUUAAGGUUUCAUCAGACAAUCAAACUCCCAAAAAAAGUUCUGACAAUUGGAGUUCUUUCUAGCGGUAUUGGUCUCUCUCUCUCUCUCCCUUGUAAAAUUUCUUUAUUUUGUUUAGGGUUUUUUGACCGUUGUCAAUUUUUUGUUUGUGCUGUAUAGAUUGUGUUAAAAAGCUGUGUUGUUGUAAAGUUAUUCAUUAUGGCCUUGCUUCAUUUUUGUGCUGAGGUAUAAAAAAGACAUGCUACCGUUUCUGGGGGCAUCCAGAUCGAAAUAUAACGCUCUUGUUCUUUUGAGUGACAAAUUCUUGAGACCAUUAAAAACUGGGCAGUAUGAGAAAACAAUGGUGGCGAAAUUUCAUGUUC